GGGCUGUCUAACACAGAGUUGCUAGUACUUAGAAAGUGCGCAAGACUCCACUGCCUCAAGUUCAGCCCGCCUGUUGACGCUUUGAGACUACACCUCCAAUUUCCUGUUUCUGACUCUCAAGGAAACAUCAAGCUCUUCAAGAUGAAGCUGUGGUUUGUUGCUGCCAUACUUAUCUCCGUUGCGUUUCCGACCGGUAAGUGAUUUCAUCGCAAAAUGCAUUUUUUUAUCCACAUCCUUUCGGAUUGCAGCGCACAACUGUAAGGCGAAGCCAGCGUUGUAAAUCAUGUUAGAUUCGCCACCAAUGCAGUAGAACAGAGAAUAAAAUCAUGGAUAUUACGUAUCUAAACGAGACAGAAAAAAUAAGCUAAAUUCCGCUGCACAUUACAAGGACAUUCCUUUAUCACUAACAAUUAAAUCCAUGAUUUGAACUUCGAUAAAAACAGAACCCUUUGGAUGCCGAAAAAGGGACAAUCCAAAAAUGUUUUGCAAAUCCAAAAAUAUAAUAGGAAUCGAUAUCUUUUAGACAAAUCGCUUUUGAAAAGUUUGUCAAAUCGAGAAAACAAUUUCAAAUCCUGAUUUAAUUCAUAGAUCCACAAACAACUUUCAUUACAAUCGAAACAGUUUACAAUCCAAGAAUCUUUCGCAAAUCUCGCAAAUCGAGAAGAAUAGUCGGCAGUUUGUCACGAUACAGCACAUUGUGUCGCACUAAGUUGCGCUAGGUCGACUUGGAGUCACUACGCGAAAGGGCUAAACUGUACCAAGUGUUUAUUAAACUGUUUUCAGACUUUGGGGCAUAUUUCGCCAAACUCAAAGGCCCAUUUCCAACCUUGAUGCAACGGGGUCGUUUGUUUUUGUUUUGAACCACCGCGUUUGUUUAAAUAGCGCCUCUGAUUGGUCAGUUAUUUUUACCUUGUUACGUCUCAAAAUACCUUUUGCGUUUUCUCCGACGAAUUUGAAGAGCUUAUCAAAAUAAUUCUGUUUAAAACAGUUUUAUACGUUUUAAUCUGGUAUGGAAUCAGAUGAAUCCGUUGAUUUAGUAGAUUCCGAGGCAGUAAACGCUUAUGGAUCGGUUGUUGCUAAGGAGAAACGCGAAAAUCCUUGCGAGCAUUUUGUCAGUGUCGCUGACGUUCUUGCAAUGAAGUGACUAAACUUAAAGUAAUUAAACGUCCGGAAGUCCGAUAUUUUUCCAUAUUAUUCUUCGCAAUCCAAAAAAUAUUUAUACGAAAAUGUUCUACUUUAUUUACAAUCCUCAAGCGCUUUCAGGCAGCCUAAAAUUUCGAACUUGAUGUUUUUCGCUAACCCUGUAUACAGAGUAUAAAGCCAUCCAAGCGCUUGACACUAAAAAACUUUUCAAUGACAAGGCUGGACACGGUCCUCAAAUAACUCCACAUUUCUCUUUGAAAUAAUCCAAUUUUUCGUUGGGAAAUAUUCUACCUUCCUUUACAAUCCUCAAGCGCCUCUAGAAAGUGAAAAAAUGCCAACGUUAUCCGUUUCGCUGACCUUGUACACAGAGUGCGAAGAGAUCCAAGCGUGACACUAAGGAAAUUUUCACCGGACACUACCGGACACGGUCUUCGAAUGACUAUAAAACGUCCGGCAUUCUGAUAUUUUCCCCAUUUCUCUUUGAAAAAUACCAAUUUCUAUUGGAAAUAUUUUAUCUUCAUUUAGAAUCCUCAAGCGCCUCUAGAAAGUGAAAAAAUUCGAACGUUGUCCUCUUCGCCGACUUUGUUCACAGAGUAUGAAGCGUGACACUUAAAAAAAAUUUUCAGUAGAGUUUUUUUUUAAUUCCGGCAGCAAGUCAAGAAGUUCAGUGCUGCUCACCUGUUUACUACAUGGCUUUCCUAAAACACUCCUAGCAGAGAAACUCUUGGAAAGUAAUUACUUUUAAUAAAAUAACCAAGACACUGUAUCUUCAGAGUUUUCACUUAUUAUGGCAGACCCAGAAAACUGACUCAAAUUUGGUAGCAAUUGUGACAAAAGCAGUUUUCAGUAGUUGUCGUUUUUGUUUUCUAUGAUAGCUUAGUAAUCCACUAUGGAUGCCGCAUGGAACUCUCAAAAAAUGUUUUGUGUACUUUAUGUAUCGAUCAAUUUGAUGCUUCAAAUUGAAAAAAAGAAAAAAUUAGUUUCACCAACUAAAAGAGUUCUCCACACAAAGAUGAACUAUGACACUAAAUUUUAUUAUUCACAAAAUUGUCUUCAUAAUAAAAAGUUUGAUAGAAUUCUCGCAAAAAAUAAUUUCUCAUACAUUUCGAUGGUCCGAAAGAUUCUCUUUCAAACAAAUCUUAUGGUAACUAUAACAGGAUAAAAUAAAUAUAUUGAUUUGGAUAUAUUUCUCAAUCUUUUAAGUAAUACUAUCUUCUUUACAUCUCAAAAUUAUAUCAUAACAUUGGUUAACACAAAGAACUAAAAUAUAUUAAAGUUUAGAACUAGUAAUAAGAACUAGUAUAGCAAACCUUUGUGUCAGAAGGCCUCUGAGUGCUAAGAAUGGGAAUAUCAAUUCACUGAAUGUUUAUCACUGACAGAAACUUAAAUGAGUGUAAAGGACUAGAAUUUUUGAGAUCAGUAGCUGAGAGGAAGCAUUUCUGUUCUCUUCCUUUAACCCUUAAAUACCUAAGAUCUGAUUGUCAAUUCUCCCUUCUAGUUGUUACACAUUUACUUGUGAAUAAGUUAUGAGAAUUUGAUGUAAGAUCAAGAUAACUUCUGCCUGAUAAGUUUCAGUAUUAACAUUAUCUGUUUACUGGAUAGUGUUUGGAGAAGUUACAUGAAUCAGUCACUUCUGUGAGUUUUUAAAUUGUCUAAUAUUUUGGUCUGAUUCUCUCAAUGGUGUCUUGCCACCUAAUAAAUUACCAUGAGUCGCGAACUGAAAUGGUUUUCAAUGUAUCACGAGCAUAAGUUGUCCUGGGCCAGAUGGGUAUGAAAAUAUUAUGACAUCUGUUAGUUACAGUUUUCCUCGUGGGUUGAUAGAAACAAGGGUUAUAAUCAGGUGGUUCUACAGGCUCUAUUGUAUAGUUUCCCAUAAGAUAAAAUGUACAAAUGGCAAACUAAAAGACAUCUUAGUGAACAAAAUGGGAACAACUUUUAACUGAAGAAUAUGGUACAACAACAAGUACCACAUCAACAACAGUAGCAAUAACAAAUCUCCUCUACCUAGAGGGCUGCAGCCUUUGCCUCGCUUUCUAAGCCAUACUGAACAGCUUCUGUGGUACUUCCUGUGAUGCGUUCCUCUCAACACGAUGUGGCGAUAUUCUCGUGAAACAACGGGGUAAUCGUAAAGCUGACUUAAAUUCAUCUGAGGUAAAUUACGGAGAUUGCUCGCCCAUCCAAGGGCUGAAAUCCUUACUAUAGUUUCUUCGUAUCUGAAGUCACUCUGGCUUUGUUGUAGGUCCUGGACAUCUGUAAGAAGUUCUUGGUUUGCUCCACUACUCGAUGGAAGGACGUGUCACAUCAGCAAAGCAUAAACUUUCAACACUAAGUCGGCUCUAAUUCAGCCCGUCGAUUUUAAAUUAGAUUUUAGAAUCUCCCUGAGAUCUUUUGCUUCGAGUUUCUGGAUGUCAUCUAAUGACGAAAUUUUCAUAUUGUUGUGUUAAAGAACUAUUUUGAAGGGAGAAAUCGCAUUGAAAAGUACAUUAGAUCGUGAAAUGUCAGCAGAUCAGCUGUUUGAAAGAAUCGCCGGGUCAACCCCAGCCUCGUUAUCGUGUGUGCGCGGUUACUAAUCCAAUAUGGCGCCGGAAACUGUAAAAAGGUGUAAUAAAUCCGGCUAAAAUUGUCACCACUAAUCAGCUUUACUACAGGCGCCUUUGUUUAGAAGCGUGACAUAUCAACUCAGGCUCUUUUGAAUUGUGAUGAUGGCGGCUUCCUUCUUAACUCCUAUUUACAUCUCGUCAGAAAAAAGGGCAGCUAAUUGGUGAGCGAAUAAAAAAACCUCUUGUUGCAGAGUUUAGAUCAACCCUGAUGAACGCACGAGACAGGAGUGUCGAAACGUUGAGUCUAUGAAUUGUAACUUCGCGGUUACAUUCAUUAAAUCUUUAAACUAGAGUAGCAUCAAACCAUGUCUGAUUGUCCACCUGGUUGCCACGUGAAUUUUAAUGUAUUUUACCAAGUGCGUUGCGAUGUUCUGCCAUAAAUGUGGAAAAGAAUUUGAGAGCAAUGAGCUAUUCUGCCGUCGAUGUGGAACAUAAAGAGACCCGAACGGAAAAAUGAUCCAGAGGCAGAUGCCCUGGAUCAACGGCUCUCGUAACUUCCGCAUGGCCAUGUCUCGAGGAACAGCAACAUUAUAGUUUGUUCUUAGCUUGUUCCACAUCGCACAAUUGUCAGAUUCUUUGCACUCAUUCAACGCAGACCCACAUGAACUGCCACGUUUUUUAAACUUGUUAUGCAACGCUUUGUUUGUACAGUGGUGACAUUUGAUCUGAGCGAUUGACAUUUGAAACUAAUAAAUGUAUAUUUACAUGACCUGUGUAGUUUCCGACAUUGAAAGGGACAUUCAUCGCGAUCGACACUGGGUUAGGUUGUAAAAAGGCACGAAUUUCAAUUAUACGACCUGAAGUUUAUUGAAACGAUAUCCAAGAAGUAAUGAAGAGCUUUCAAUUUCACGUUUAAUUAUCUCCCGAACUUCGAGCUCUGAAUGGACUUCAUUUCUCUCUUUCAACCCAUACUCACGCAACCUUCUCUUUGGAGUCCUCGAGUUCAUAGAAAUAUCUGUUUUCGAUUUGCAUGGAAGUUAUUUGUAAACCUAUGAAUUAAACCAUGAUUUGAAAUUGUUUUCUCGAUUUGACAAACUUUUCAAAAGCGAUUUGUCUAAAAAAAUGCCGAUUCUUAAUAUUUUUUCGGAAUUGCAAAAUAUUUUUGGAUUGUCCCUUUUCGGCUUCGGUAGAACCCUGCUCCUGGUAAUAAUACCGAUUCCUAAUAUAUGCAUGAGCAGAAAAAUAUCAGAGGAAUGUUCGGUGAGUAAACAAGGGUCCAGGUUAUCGAAAUGUUAAUUAAGGAUCAAAGUAAAUUGAAGUUGCUCCUUUACAUCAAUGAAAUAAUUAUGCGUAAAUUUUCAAAUUUUGUAGCUAAUUUCUCAUUUGAGAAAAACUAGGUCAGUUAAUAACGGUAGAAAUUGUUAUCUCAUUCAUCUUCAUCUAAGCAUUCCCUUUCGUGUGUGUUUUCAGUUUUGAGUUUGAAAUGCAAGGCCUGCGCCAGUGUCAAGUCAUGGGAUGAAUGCAAAGAUUCGGAAGUAAGUAUGACCUGCCUAGCUUAUGCGUCCGAACAAUGUGUGAAAUUCUACUUUAAAACUCCAUCAGGCGAAUCGUUCAUUAAAACGUGCGGAACCGAUGCUUACUGUAAUGAAAAAACCAACCCUACUUGUAAACAUGCCACUGAAUACUAUGAGUGUGACAUCUACUGCUGCAAAGGCGACAACUGCAAUGGUGGCACAGGAACUCGCAUCAGCGGUAUUCUCUUGGUAUCAUGCGCCCUGGCCUCUCUGAUGAUCUUUUACAAAGCCUGAGACUUGACUGAGGCUGAUGUCCAGCACGGCUCAUGAUCAAGACUGCAACUAGUUAUAAGCUUUCUUUGAAGGAUGUCAGUUGUGAAUUAAGAUAGAACGUCUUGCUUAAGACAUAGUAGUCGUCUGUAGGACGAUCUUCGUGAAACGGAGAUGAAGUCAGGCCGAUUUAUACCUACAAGAGAGGAUGCUAGUCCAUCGUAGUCUGCACGUAUUGUGCUUAUUAGUUAAAGUAAAGUAGAGGCUUUUUUAAAAGUUGUUAAAUGAUGCAGCUCUGGGAAAUAAAACGUUGUUUCUAACUACCUCUUCUGAUUUAAUCAGCACUAUGCGUUACAGGAAUCAUUUGGCUAAAAAUUCCACUCUUCCUCCAUAUUGCGGCGAAAUUAACAUAAGCUUAUGUGUAUUAAUAGGUACACUGCUUGUAAGAGUAACCCGUAACACGUUAAAUAUCAUCAUCGUGACCAUUAAAUUUGUCCAGCGCCCC